AUGUUGAGUGGAUUCCGACGAACGCCGGAACGGUUCAACCCGAAGUUUGAUGGGUUUGCGGUCUCGCUCAAAUCGGGCGUCGAUGUCGUACAUGAGCGGUCGUUGAUCCAGCUCAUGUCGUUUUUGCAACCGAUACGGAACCUUAUGUUGAUUGGAGAUGGGGUUGUCGAGGUGGGCGAUUUGGAGAUGGUGGAUGUUGUGACGGAUUUGUACGAGAAGGAUGAGGCAAAGAAGCUGGAAAAGAGGAAUCUAGCAAAGCCCAAAGCUCAUAAGGAGCGAAAAGUAUCCCACAAAGCUUCCGACUCCGUGCAAGUCGACGAAUCCUCCCAAGGCUGGAAAUCCGACAGCCACAAGAACCUCCCCGGAUUCCGCGAGCUUUGGAACCGCUUCCCGGACGCGGACUGGUACGUCAUGCUCGACGAUGACACCUACGUCUUCUUCGACAACCUCGCCGACAGGCUCUCCAUCUACGACCCAGAACACAAACACUAUUUCGGCGCAAAGACACAAUUCGUUGGCUGCGAUAAUAUCUGGCAGUGGGGGCAAGGGCCGUACUUUGCCCAUGGGGGAAGUGGGAUCGUGCUGUCCCGCGGCGCACUGCGCGAGCUGGUCGAGGGUGUUGAUGUCUGCAUUGAGAGGUACAAGACCUGUUGGGCAGGGGACGUCCGCACCGCCCUCUGUCUUCGCGACCAGGGCAUCCUCCUCCACUCCCCCUCGGGCUUCCAUGGCUCCCCGCCCAACAAAGACUUUUGGUUCCCGCACAACCCGUGCGACAGGCCAAUGACCUUCCACCACCUCCUCGUCAAGCAGAUACAGGACCUGUACAAUCUUGAACGGCGGAUGAUAUCACAGCACGGAAAAGGGUCGGUGGCGUUUGGGGAUAUCUACUGGGACUGGCAUGCGGGGUCGGAGCUGCAGACCAAUUAUGAUAGACGAGGCGCCGAUGUUGCGCAACUGCCUGCGAAUACGACGCAGGCUUGCCAGGCGUUGUGUGCGAGCAAGAAGAUCUGCACGACAUUUGUGUUUGAUGGAAAGAUGUGCUGGAUGAAAGACCGCAUCCCGCCUGGCUCACCAGAGAAAGGCAUGACAACUGGCAUCGUCAAAUCUCGCUACACAUGCGGGGGCUCGUCUCGUGGUGGAUUCCGGUGA